AUGGCGUCCUACACGAGUGUUCCAUAUAUGGGCAAGAUGCACGGUAACCAUGGAGGCAUUAUUAUAAAUGUAUCAUCACUUGCAGGUGUUAUUGGAGGUAACAGCCUGGCACCUGUUUAUACUGCUAGUAAAUUUGGUGUGGUUGGAUUUUCUAGGGCUGCAUGUAAUGAACGCUUGAUGGCCGAGAAUGGCAUUAAUAUAUGCGUAAUUUGCCCAUGGGUAGUGGAAACUAGAAUCAAGGUAAUAUCACGCCAGCCUGAUGAUGUCAACUCUAUUUAUCUUAAUAGUCGGACAAUAAUGCCUGCAGAAGUUGCAAAUGCAGUUGUUGGAAUGAUAGAAGACAAUUGUAAUGGGAGUGUUAAGUUGUUGAUGCCUGGCAGAGCACCAAUUGAG